GCGCAGAAGGCGGCGGCAGCGGUGGCUUGUGGUCCGGUCUCGCCAUAGAGGAACAGGAAAGACGUUAGGCGUUGAGUGAUCACUCUCGAUCCUUGGAACCUGGUGGCCUUAGAUCUUCAGGUGGAACAGUGUGAGACAUGGGAAAGAAAACCAAGCGGACAGCUGACAGUUCUUCUUCAGAAGAUGAGGAGGAAUACGUCGUGGAGAAGGUGCUAGACAGGCGUGUGGUCAAGGGGCAAGUGGAAUAUCUACUCAAGUGGAAAGGCUUUUCUGAGGAGCACAAUACUUGGGAACCUGAGAAAAACCUUGAUUGCCCUGAGCUAAUUUCUGAGUUUAUGAAAAAGUAUAAGAAGAUGAAGGAGGGUGAAAAUAACAAACCCAGGGAGAAGUCAGAAAGCAACAAGAGGAAAUCCAAUUUCUCAAACAGUACUGAUGAUAUCAAAUCCAAAAAAAAGAGAGAGCAGAGCAAUGAUAUCGCUCGGGGCUUUGAGAGAGGCCUGGAACCAGAAAAGAUCAUUGGGGCGACAGAUUCCUGUGGCGAUUUAAUGUUCCUAAUGAAAUGGAAAGACACAGAUGAAGCUGACCUGGUUCUCGCAAAAGAAGCUAAUGUGAAAUGUCCACAGAUUGUGAUAGCAUUUUAUGAAGAGAGACUGACGUGGCAUGCAUAUCCUGAGGAUGCGGAAAACAAAGAGAAAGAAACCGCAAAGAGCUAAAGGAGGGGGUGGUCUCUGUCAUUUCUCUUUGUACAUAAUACAUUACCUCCCUGCCUCCUGUCCCUUCUACCCACCCCUUCUAUCCUAAACACAUCCAUAAAAAAUGUGCUUAUCACUGUGCUCCACA